AUGUCAAACAAAACAAAAAUUAAAAAAACUGAUCAAAUCUUACAUCAAAAUGCCAUUAAUGCUGCACUUCGUGCACUUAACAAUUCCGAAAACCCUAAUAUUUGUGGAACUGCUCGCAGCUUCGGGGUUUCAGAGACAUCUCUUAGGCGCGCAGUAAAAAAUAAUGGCCCACUUAAACGUCCUGGUCGCACAACUGUCUUAAGCGAACAUGAAGAAACACAAUUAGUAGGCUAUUGCAAAAACAUGCAACAAUUGGGAUUUGGCUUAACAAAAUCGGGAGUUAAUCACUGUGUAAUGGAGAUUGUUCGCAGUGAUAAUCGUAACCAUCCGUUUGCUGAGAAAGGGCCCGGACAGGCCUGGUGGGAACGCUUUAUGAAAGAUCACCCUGAUCUAUCAUUUCGCAUUCCCCAAGCCUUGACUGAAGCACGUGCACAAAGAGCCAAUGCGACCAUUGUGAAAGACCACUUUAACAAGCUUGGUCAAGUAAUUAAAGAGCAUUCUCUCACUGCUGAUCGUAUAUGGAAUAUGGACGAAACAGGCUUUUCCCUCUCUCCUAAGGUUCAAAAGGUCCUUGCUGCAAAGGGUGCACGUCAAGUCCACAAG